AUGGCAGGUGAAGCAAUGAACGACGGAAAGUUUAAACACAACCUCACUGAGGCUCCUACCUACACAUCCAAGGUGUUACCUAUGUUUUCACUUAAAGGACGAACUGCUAUUGUAUCAGGCGCCGGUGCUGGUAUUGGUCUUGCCGUUGCUCAUGCGCUAGCUGAAGCCGGUGCUAAUGUGGCUAUUUGGUAUAACAGCAACAAGAAGGCUAUUCAGGAGGCAGAGAAGAUUGAGAAGGAAUAUGGUGUUACUUGCAAGGCAUACCAGGUCAAUGUUACCUCAUUUGAAGCUGUCGAGGAAGCUGUCAAUACCGCCGUAACUGAUCUCAAUGGUCGUCUCGAUAUCUUCAUCGCAAACUCUGGUAUCCCAUGGAUUCAAGGUCCUGCUCUCGACGGAGAGCUUGAACACUACAAGAAAGUGGUAACAACAGAUUUGGAUGGGACAUUUUAUUGUGCUCGGGCAGCGGGGCAACAUUGGAGAAGACAGAAGAAAGAAGGUACCACUAUUGAUGGAAAGAAAUUGGAAGGAUUCAAUUAUGGAAGUUUUGUGGCAACUGCGAGUAUGAGUGGGCAUAUUGUCAACAUUCCCCAAUUGCAAGCUCCAUAUAAUGCUGCAAAGGCUGCAGUUAUUCAUUUAUGUAAAUCUCUAGCAGUAGAAUGGGUUGGAUUUGCACGCUCCAAUACCGUCUCUCCUGGUUAUAUCGCGACUGAGAUUUCGGAAUUCUGUCCCCCUGAGACAAAGGCUACUUGGAAGGAUAAGAUUCCAAUGGGUAGAGAAGGAGAAGCUCAUGAGUUGAAGGGGGUAUUCCUUUUUCUUGCCAGUGAUGCCUCAAGUUACUGUACUGGAACCGACAUUAUUUGUGAUGGAGGUUACUGCCUACCAUAA